UAGGCGACGCGUCACGGAGGGCAACCGGACAACACCGCGCUGAGAUCGCGGUUAAUGGUUUUAACGUGAGUAAACACUCUUUACAGACUGUCACUGAAGCCAUGCUGCGAAGGGUAAUCUCGGGCUUGAACACAGUGGUGCCUGUCACCGCGGAGGAAUGCAACACCGGGGCAGGUGGAGGUCGGAGGAGCCGCGGGAUGGUGGUGGAGGUCCUCGGGAAGGUGCUGACCCUGUUUUCGGUCGUCCUCAUCUUCCUCACCUUCCCGAUCUCAGUCUGGAUGUGUGCGAAGGUCAUUCAGGAGUACGAGAGGGCGGUCGUCUUCAGACUAGGCCGAGUUACUGAAGGACCAGCCAGAGGACCCGGUCUGCUCUGGGUCAUCCCCUGGUUGGACUCCAUCCAGAAAGUGGACCUGCGCAGCGUGUCCAUUCACAUACAGCCACAAGAGGUCUUGACUGCGGAUGCGGUGCCGUUAAAGGUGGAUGCUGUUGUGUUUUUCCGGGUGGUGAACCCCUUUAUGUGGGUGAUGCAUGUGAAAAAUGGCCCCCAGGCCAUAUGCUUGCUGGCCCAGACGAUCCUGAAGACCGCGAUAGGGGCUCACACUCUGGCAGACCUGUUAACGCAGAAGCUGGCCAUCAGAAAGAGGAUGGAAAUGGUGCUGCAUGAUGCAUCCAAACCAUGGGGCGCUCAGGUGGAGCGGGUGGAGCUCAAAGCCAUGAUGCUUCCCGUUGACCUGCAGCGCUGCAUGGCUUCAGAGGCCGAGGCCCUCAGGAGGGCCAGGGCAAAGAUGAUCGCAGCCACAGGGGAAGUUACGGCGUCUCACGCAUUGAUGGAGGCUGCGUCGACGUUUGAAGGAAGCUCUGUGGCGUUACACCUGAAAUUCUUGCAUUCGCUGUUUUCUGUGCAGAGCAGCGUGCAGUCCAUCGUGGUCCUCCCCAUUCCCAUAGAACUCCUUGACAUUAUGAUUUCCCAGGUGCCCUAGCACCUCACAGACAUCCAAACUCUGGAGCUCUUUGCUGGGACAAAAAGUAGAAAAAGAUUUAAACCAGAAUGUGAUAAAGAAACCAAAGGAACAAAGUUGUGUGAGCAUUACUUUGAUAAGACAUUUGUGGUCUGACUGUUAAACCCUUUGCCUCAGCUGGGGUUGUAACAUAAGAGGGGGGGUUGCCCAGGACAGGGAUGAUAAUGUGAUUUGUUAUUUUUUUUUGGUUAAUAAA